AUGUCGGUGACGUUUGAGGACGUGGCUAUCUACUUCUCCCCCGAGGAGUGGGCAGAGCUGGCGGGCUGGCAGCGGCGACUGUACCGGGAGGUGAUGCUGGAGAACUACCAGGCGGUCGCCUUGCUGGGUUUGUGCCGUUCCCAGGCGUCCAGUCUGCAGGAGAGUGGCAGAGGUGACAAGGGCGAGGCGAGAGGAGGCUGUAGGCGCCGAGAAGUGGGGCAGGAGAGGGGAGCAGAGCAAGGGGAGAUGAGCUUCAAGAGCCAGACUACGCUGACCAAGCACAAGCGGAGGCACACAAUCAGGCGGCCCUUCAGCUGCACCGACUGUGGCAAGCGGUUCACCUCCAGGCAUGACCUGGCCAGGCACCAGCGUGUGCACACCGGUGAGAAGCCCUUCGCCUGCAGCCACUGCCCUAAGGCCUUCGGGGACAAGAGGUCCCUCACCAUCCACCAACGCGUCCACACAGGGGAGCGUCCCUUCGCCUGUGCCCACUGCCCCAAGACCUUCAGGGACAGGAAGACCUUCACUGUGCACCAGCGUAUCCACAGUGGCGAGAAGCCCUUUGCUUGCAGCCACUGUGGCCACCGCUUCAGGCAGAAGGGUCAUCUGGUCAGCCACCAUCGCAUCCACACUGGGGAGCGUCCCUUCACCUGCACCCAUUGCCCUAAGGCCUUCAGGGACAGAAAGACCUUCACCGUGCACCAGCGCAUCCAUACCAGGGAGCACCACUUUGGCUGCGCCCACUGCCCCAAGGCCUUCAAGGACAGGAGGACCCUCACCAUCCACCAGCGGACCCACAGCAAGCAGCCCUUUGUGUGCAGCCACUGUGGCCGCUGCUUCAGUGACAAGCCAAACCUGGACAGCCACCAGAGCAUCCACAAUGGGGAGAAACCCUUUGCGUGCAGCCACUGUGGCCAACACUUUAAGCACAAGGACGACCUGGUCAGACACCAGCGCAUCCACACUGGGGAGUGUCCCUUUGCCUGCACCCAUUGCCCCAAGGCCUUCAGGGACAGGAAGACCUUCACCAUGCACCAGCGAAUCCACACUGGGGAGGACCACUUUGCCUGCGCCCACUGCUCCAAGGCUUUCAAGGACAAGAGGACCCUCACCAUCCACAAGCGGAUCCACAGCAGCGAGAAGCCCUUCGCGUGUAGCCAGUGUGACCACCGCUUCACUUACAAGAGGAACCUGGUCAGCCACCAGAGAAUCCAUACCGGGGAGAAGCCCUACAAUUGUGGUCAGUGUGGCAAGAGCUUCAGCUGGAAGGCCAGCCUGGUCAGCCACCAGCGCAUCCACACCAAUGAGGAGCCUUGCAGUUGCAGUGACCCCUGUGGCUACCGCUUCAGCUAUAAGCACCACCUUGUCAGCCACCAGCGCAUCCACACCGGGGAGCGCCCCUUCGCCUGCACCCGCUGCCCCAAGACCUUCAGUGUGAAGAGUACCCUCACUGCCCAUCAGCGGGUCCACAGCAGUGAGAAGCCCUUCAACUGCACCGAGUGCGGCAGAAGCUUCAACCGCAAGGCCAACUUCAUCACCCACCAGAAGAUCCACCGUGGCGAGCGCCCUUUCAUCUGUGGUGAAUGUGGCAAGGGCUUCUGCACCAAGAAGACCUUCAUCCUCCACCAGAAUAUCCACAUUGGUGACCGACCCUUUGGCUGCUCCGAGUGUGGCAAGAGCUUCAGUCGCAAUGGCUACCUGAUGCGGCACAGGCGCAUACACACUGGGGAGCGUCCCUACGCCUGUGCCGAGUGCCCCAAGGCAUUCAGGGACGAGAAGGCCCUCAGCAUCCACCAGCGCAUCCACACUGGUGAGAAGCCCUACAAGUGUGGCAAGUGCGGCAAGACCUACAGCCGGAAUCAGUACCUGAAGAACCACCAGCGGGUGCACCAGGACCCACCAGUGGUGCCGGAGGGUGGCCAGUGGGAAGAGACGUGUCCAUCCCUUGUUGGGGGCCACAUGGAGGCCAAGCCUUUCCAGUGCAGUGGCUGUGAGAAGCGGUUUCGGGAUGAGGGAAUCAUGCUGGCUCACCAGCGCACCCACAGCAACCCAAGCCUGUGGCUGCCCAGCCCCCCACCCCCCAAAACAGUGACUGAGGGGCCCAGAGGGCACCGGGGGCUGCUGGGGGGGCCAGUCUUUGUGCCGUGA